UUCAUCACGUUUAUCUUAUUUGCUUCGCGCACUCUCCAAUCUUCAUCACCGUCGUCAUCAUUCACUAAUAAUAAGUUGGUGCAUACUGACACUGCAACCUUCCAUCUCCGCUUUUUCUUCUGCUGACGAAAUCGAGCAAAUCCUCUUUUCUUCCUGCUGAUAAAUUUUUCGGACCCCAUCGACCAGUAAUAACCGUGAUCUGCAUCAGAGCGUCUCGGAGCCCCCUUCUUUUCACCGCAGAAACAGAGGUUGAUCUACUGUAAGUGAAUCAGUGUUGCAGAAGAAGGCCUAGACAAUGCUCGGGAAUGGAGUUGUUGGGAUCCUCGCUGAAUGCUCGAAUAAGUGGGAGAGGAGAGUGCCCCUGACUCCCUCACACUGUGCUCGGCUUCUACUUGGUGGAAAGGACCGGACUGGAGUUUCUCGAAUUAUUGUGCAACCAUCGACUAAGAGAAUCCAUCACGAUGCACUCUAUGAGGACGUUGGUUGUGAAAUAUCAGAGGACUUGUCCGAGUGUGGCCUUAUAGUGGGCAUUAAGCAACCCAAGUUGGAGAUGAUCCUUCCUGAUAGAGCUUUUGCAUUCUUCUCACACACACACAAGGCACAGAAAGAAAACAUGCCCUUGUUAGAUAAGGUAUUAGCUGAGAGAGCUUCUUUGUAUGAUUACGAGCUUAUCAUUGGGGACCACGGAAAGAGGUUGCUCGCAUUUGGGAACUAUGCUGGAAGAGCAGGACUAAUCGACUUCUUAAGUGGACUAGGACAGCGGUAUCUGAAUUUGGGAUACUCAACGCCUUUUCUCUCCCUCGGCACAUCUUACAUGUAUCCUUCACUGGCUGCUGCUAAGGCUGCGGUCAUUUCUGUUGGUGAAGAAAUUGCAACUCAGGGACUUCCAUUGGGUAUCUGUCCCCUUGUUUUCGUAUUCACAGGCUCAGGAAAUGUUUCCGCUGGUGCGCAGGAGAUAUUUAAGCUCCUUCCUCACACUUUUGUGGAUCCAAGCGAGCUUCCCGAACUCUUUGAGACGGCCAAAGAUCUUUCACGAUCUGAGAGGAGAUCUAAACGAGCAUUCCAAGUGUACGGUUGCGUUGUGACUUGUCAAGACAUGGUUAGGCACAAAGACCCCACGAAAGUGUUUGACAAAGCAGACUACUAUGCACAUCCAGAACACUAUACCCCAAUUUUUCAUGAGAAAGUAGCGUCCUAUGCAUCCGUUAUCGUCAAUUGCAUGUAUUGGGAGAAAAGAUUCCCCCGGUUAUUGAGUACCGAACAGCUUCGUGAUCUCAUGACAAAAGGAUGCCCGCUCGUGGGCAUCUCUGAUAUAACGUGUGAUAUUGGAGGCUCGAUAGAAUUUAUUAACAGAACCACGUAUAUAGAAUCACCCUUCUUUAGAUACGACGUUUCAAAUGAUUCUUAUCAUUCUGAUAUGGAAGGAAACGGCUUGCUUUGUUCAGCUGUGGACAUUCUUCCGACAGAGUUUGCGAAGGAGGCUUCACGACAUUUCGGCAAUAUACUAUCCGAAUUCAUUGGAAAAUUAGCUUCUACGGUUGACAUUGCCAAACUACCUGACCACUUGAGGAGAGCUUGCAUAGCCCAUGGUGGGGCCCUAACUCCUCUUAACGAAUACAUCCCACGAAUGCGAGAGUCUGAUACGGAGGAAAUGCCUGUAAGUGUUCCUGCAAACAAGAAAAGGCAUACCAAACUGGUUUCUCUGAGCGGACACUUGUUCGACAAGUUCUUGAUAAACGAGGCCCUAAAUAUCAUCGAAGCUGCAGGCAGCUCCUUUCACUUGGUCAAGUGUCAAGUGGGUCAGAAUACUGAUGCUUUAUCAUAUUCAGAACUUGAAGUAGGUGCAGACGAUCCAGCGGUUCUCGAUCAGAUCAUCGAUUCCUUAAACUCUCUGGCCAAUCAGGGUGAAAGUGACAAGGUGGAUAUGAACAGAACUUCACUAGUAGUAGGAAAAGUCGACAGCAGUGGCGUUAUGAAUGAAGACAGUGCAAAAAAGAAGACUUCGGUCCUUAUUUUAGGUGCUGGCCGAGUCUGCCAGCCUGCUGUCCAGCUUUUGGUGUCGGGUUCCUGCCGAGGUUUUGACUCAGAUCGUGAAGAAGAAAAUGAGAUUCAAGUUAUUGUUGGAUCUCUCUUUCUCAAGGAGGCUGAAGAGAUUGUAGAAGGAAGCCCAAAUGCAACCGCGGUUCAGCUAGACGUGAAGGACCAUGCAAGUCUUUAUGAGUGGGUUUCUCAGGUGGAGGUUGUCAUCAGUUUAUUACCCGCAAUGUUCCAUGCUAAUGUUGCUAGUGUAUGCAUUGAGCUCAAAAAGCAUCUUGUGACUGCUAGCUAUGUUGACGAGAAUAUGUCACAGCUCAAUGACAUUGCAAAGGAAGCAGGGAUUACAAUUCUUGGAGAAAUGGGCUUGGACCCCGGCAUAGAUCAUAUGAUGGCAAUGAAGAUGAUCGAUGAAGCACACCAACGGAAGGGGACAAUCAGAUCGUUUGCCUCCUACUGUGGAGGCCUCCCUUCCCCUGCAGCUGCAAAUAAUCCACUGGCAUACAAAUUCAGCUGGAAUCCUGCUGGAGCCAUACGAGCUGGGCGCAAUCCCGCCAUUUACAAAGCAAAAAAUGAAAUCAAAUAUAUUGAUGGGAAACAACUGUAUGAUUCCGCCUCAAAAUUUCGCAUAUCAGAGCUCCCUGCAUUUGCUCUUGAGUGCAUCCCGAAUCGCAACUCUUUAAUCUACGGAGAUCUGUAUUGCAUCAGUCAUGAAGCAGCAACAGUCUUCCGUGGAACACUCCGCUACGAAGGUUUCAGUGAAAUAAUGGGGGCCCUCGCAAGAGCAGGAUUUUUUGAUAGUGAAGCUCAGUCAAUUCUGACGAAUGGCCAGAGACCUACAUUCAGAAGAUUCUUGCUCGAGCUUCUGAAAAUCAAAUACGAGGAUCCGUAUGAGGCUCCACUAACUGAGAAAGGCAUCGCGGAGCAGCUUGUACGACUUGGACAUUGCGAAGGGAAUAGAACUACUGCCCUCAGGACCGCCAAAACUAUCAUUUUCUUGGGGCUUCACGAAAGAGCGGAAAUCCCUCCUACUUGUCAAACUCCUUUCGAUGUCACCUGUCAUCUCAUGGAAGAAAAACUAGCCUAUGCAAGCACAGAACAGGAUAUGGUGCUCUUACAUCACGAAGUGGAGGUCGAGUACCCAGAAACCCAACUCAGCGAAACGCACAAGGCGACAUUAUUAGAGUUUGGUAAGAUCGAAAAUGGGAAAAUGACCACUGCAAUGGCUCUAACAGUUGGAAUCCCUGCAGCCAUCGGAGCUCUGCUUUUACUCCAAGACAAGAUCAAGAUGAGAGGCGUCCUAAGACCUAUCCACCCCGAAGUGUACCUGCCAGCUUUGGAAAUCCUCCAGGCAUAUGGUUUCAAGAUUAUUGAGAAGAUUGAAUAGUCUCAGAAAAAAUGGGAUUUCCAUCUGAUGUAAACAUAUAUAUUGUAUAAAUACAUUUGUAUAUAUGUCUCAGUUUAAAAACUUGUAGACGAAUAAAAUUUUAGAUCAAUAUGUCAGUAAUCAAUAUGAGAAAAAAUUCAGUGGAAAUAAGGACUUUAUAUUGGUAA